AUGGAUGAUACUAUUGUGAAACAAGUGGAUUAUGGCAUUCAGUCUGAGGACUACAGCAGCCACAAAACUGUUCUCAUACUUCACUAUGCUCCAGCAGGAACACAAGAUAUUCAGAAAGCAAUUUUCAAGGAUGAGUCAACGGUUGGCAUUGAUACACAGAUGCCUGAUGCUGAGCACAACCAGCUGCCAAAGCAACUGUGA